GGCACUGGAUGACCAUACCUAAACAAUGUCUGUACCACGUGGAGCUGUCCAUGCAAAAUGGAUAGUAGGGAGAGUAAUAGGAACCAAAAUGCAGAAAACUGCCAAAGUGAGAGUGACAAGGCUUGUGCUAGAUCCUUACUUACUAAAGUUCUUUAACAAACGAAAAACCUAUUUUGCCCACGAUCCAUUGCAGCAGUGUGUUGUUGGAGACAUUGUUCUUCUGAAAGCUUUGCCUGAGCGAAGGUCCAAACACGUGAAACACGAACUGGCUGAAAUUGUUUUCAAGGUUGGAAAUGUCAUAGAUCCAAUAACAGGAAAGCGCUGUGCAGGAACCAGAUUCCUGGAAAAUCUGUCAGAUUCGGAAAGUCUGACGGAGGCAGACACUACCUAUCUAAGUGAAAAACUUCAGGAACUUAAAGUUUGUUCAACGGACAAAUAGUGGGGAAAAUAUUUACACAGAGGGCUUUUCAGCUCGUCUGUCAGGGAUGUUUGGGGCCCUGCUGUUGUAUGUUAAAUGUCUCAGUGAAAUCUGUAGUCAAAAUAAAUGGUAGAUAUAGCUGCUUAUAAGAACAGGUGUUACAGUUUGAUAGGCACCUCGAAUCUUUAAAUGAAAAUACAGAGAAAA